AUGGCGGCUAAAUUUCUAGAAGAACCUACCAAAGUCAUCACUGGCAGUCACGACCGAACACUUAAAAUUUGGGAUUUGAGAAGUAGAAUGUGUACAGAAACAAAGUUUGCUGGUUCGUCAUGCAACGACCUCGUGACGUCAGACGGCGCUGGCUCCACCAUAAUUUCUGGGCACUUCGAUAAACGCAUCAGAUUUUGGGACAUACGCACUGAAAUGUCGGCCAAUCAUAUCAUGCUGCAAGGCAAGGUCACUUCACUCGAUUUAAGUAGAGACAGCAAUUAUUUACUGGCGUGUGUGAGAGACGACACAAUACAAUUAAUAGAUUUGCGGAUGAAUACAAUUGUUCGAUCGUUCAGCCACGAGUCGUUCAAAGUGGGCUGUGACUGGUCGAGGGCGGCUUUCGGGCCGGCCGGGCGGCUGCUCGCUGUUGGCGCCGCUGAUGGAUCAGUAUACGUUUGGAACACGCAUACAGGACGACUCGAGGCGAUACUUAAAGACCACUCGUCGGCAGUGACGGCAGUGUCAUGGCAUCCUCAAUCGGGGCUUCUGGCGUCGGUGGACCGCGGCAAACGCGCGCUCAUCUGGGGCGAUUUGUGA